AUGUCUGAGCUGCUUGAAACCUUCUCCCUUGAGGACCCGAUGACUUCGACUGCCGAGCAGGGCUCGAGCACCGACAGUCUGCCCGACUUUGACAUGGACAUGGACUUUGACAUUGACUCGCUCGACUUGCCUGCUGACCUCUCCGACAUUCCCACUGGCGGCAUGGACUUGUCUACCCCUUCCCUUGAUCUAUCGGUCUCUGAUCUUGACUCCAACUUCAACCCUGACACUGGCCUCUUCAACUCUGGUCCUAGCUUCAACAGCUUUGAUUCGCAGUUCGCCCCUCCUCCCAUGAUGCCUCAACAGUUCAUGCCCAUGUACACUCCUCAAUACCCCUUUGGAUAUAUGCCUCCUCCUGGUUACAUGCUCGUUCCUGCUUUCUACUCUCAACAGCCAAUGAUGCCCAUGAUGCAGCCUCCUAUGCAAAUGCCCAUGCAGAACCCCAGCUUCUCUUUCACUCCUACUCCUGAUGUACCUGCUUUCCCAAGCUUUGAUCUCGACAGCUCUGAGCCAAUGUCUGAUGUUUCUGUGUCUACUUCUGCUAGAAGGUCUCACAGAAAUGCCGGCAAGAAGACUACAUACGAGGACACUCCAACCCCUUCACCGACUCCCACUCCCGUCAAGCGUCAAAAGAUCUCUCGUCCCAAGAUUCAGAGACCUGCUAUCGACCUUGCUGGACCCAUAAGUGUUCUCACCGACGGUUGUGAUGCGCCUAUCAAGGACAUGCUUGCCAUUGCCAAUCGUUCUGCCGCUGUAAGACGUGCUGAUGCCAAAAAGGCUGGCAAGAUCCUCAGGCCUCUCAACUCGUUUGUCUGCUACCGUGCUGCCUAUGCUGAUCGUGUCAAACAGUGGGCUUCCAAAAACAGCCAUCAGGACCUCUCGAUUAUUCUUGGCCAGAGCUGGAAGAUUGAGCCUAAGAACAUUAGAGACUUCUACAUCAACUGCGCUGAGCUCGACAGGGCCAAUCACAAUGAGGCUUUCCCUCACUACAAGUUCAACCCUGGUAAACCUGGUAAGUCUGGUGCAUCCAAGAAGUCUGCCCGCUCUGUCCGCACUGCCUCUCCUGGAAGUGAUGAUGAGCCCACGCCUAGACCCAACAAGACCCAGCAGCUCGUUCCUCUACCUCUAACUGAUGAGGAUGACGAGAUGACUUCCUUGUUUGGUGACAGUCCCGCUCCUACUCCCUCCAAGUACAAUUUCCGUCGUAGACUCUAG